CGAACAUGGGCCAGGGGAGACAGGGUUCGCCGUCUACGACAAAUCCAAGCGUGAACACGCCUACGCAGGACUCAUCACAUACAUCAACUCCUCCGCCGAGGACCUGGUCACAGAAAUAGGCUUCGUGAUGAUCCUGCCAGCGUUCCAGCGGACCCAUGUCACGUCGAACGCCGUCGGUAUCCUGAUGAAUUACGCCCUCAAUCUGCCUGGGGAGGGAGGGUUAGGCCUGCGGCGCGUUGUGUGGUGUGCGAGCGCAGCGAACGAGCCUAGUCUUGGAGCGGCGAAUAGGAUGGGGUUCAAGAUGGAGGGCGUGAUGAGGUGGGCGCGUGUCUGGCCUGAAGCAAAGGUCCGUGCCUCUGGAGGGGUGAGAGUGAGGAAGGGAGACCCCAAGGCGGAGGAAUUCCCGUACGGCCGGGAUUCGGCCGUUUUGAGUGUCUGUUGGGAUGAUUGGGAGGAGGGUGUGAAGAAUCAUGUGGACGCUGUGAUGGCGAGGACAAAGUGAAGUUGGGUUGUAUAAUAGACUGCUGACAGAUCUUACACGUUCUAGUCAAAGUUGUACACGUGAAAGGACUGAUAUGCACUUAUUGAUGGGCAAUCCCUGGGCAUUACUUG